AAGUCGAUUUCUUUGCGGUCUCUUUUGAAAAAGAUGCUAGAGUGGUUCAUGAGUUGAAAGAUUAUCUUAAAAGUUGCAAUGCAGACAUUCACGUGAUUGUAAAAAUUGAAAGUGCAGACUCUAUCCCAAAUCUUCAUUCAAUUAUUCCCGCAUCUGAUGGGGUUAGUUCCAGUGUCUCUUUGUGAAUCAGUGGUCACUUAUUUAGUCAUAGAUUAUAUCUUUAGUACACCUAUCCACCCUUCAGUGAUCAUUGUUGGUACCAUACCCCCUCUCUCUCUCUCUCAUUAUUUUAUUCAAAACAUUAUCCAAAUCAUUGAGAAGGAUAAGGAAUUACAGAAAAAGAGCUAAACCACAUGUUCUGUUAUGCUAAAGAAUAGAAGAAUUCAUAUCUUUUUAUUCAUCAUAUUAACAAGUUUAUUACUAGGCAAUGGUUGCUUGUGGGGACCUUGGAGCUGAAAUUCCGAUUGAGGAUGUUCCUCUGUUACAGAAGGACAUAAUUAGAAGGUGUCAGAGAAUGCAGAAACCAGUUAUUGUAGCAACAAACAUGCUGGAGAGCAUGAUUAAUCAUCCUACGCAACCAAGGGCAGAAGUCUCUGACAUUGCACUUGCAGUACGGGAAGGUGCUGAUGCGGUCAUGCUUUCUGGAGAAACUGCCCACGGAAAUUAUUCUCUAGGUAAAGUAAUGCAAACUGUGGCAUUGAGGACUGAGUUAAGUCUACAAAUUAGCACUGCUCCUCCAAAUCUAUUGAGUACAUAUAAGAGCAACAUGGGUGAAAUGUUUGCUUUUCAUGCCACAACAAUGGCAAACACUCUUAAUACGCCAAUUAUUGUUUUCACAAGAACAAGAUCUAUGGCUGUACUCCUAAGUCAUUAUCGGCCUUACUCAACAAUAUUUGCCUUCACAAAUGAAGAAAGGAUUAAGCAGAGGCUGGUGCUUUAUCAUGGUGUUCUACCUAUAUAUAUGGAAUUCUCAAAUGACGCUGAAGAAACCUUCUCUAGAGUACUCAAGCUCUUACUGGAUAGGGGUCAUUUGAAAGAGGGAGAGGAUGUCACACUUGUCCAAAGUGGUGCGCAACCAAUAUGGCGUUCAGAAUCUACUCAUCACAUUCAACUGCGCAGGGUCCAGAGUUGAUUUUGUCACACUUGCAGAGUGUUCCUGUACAAACUGGGCAAACACCACCCAUUUUGUAGUAUUUUUGUACUCUCUUGACCAGAGGAAAGCUUAAUUCUUUCGAGUCAUUGGAACUAUCACGUCUUGUUGUGAACCAGAACAAGAAUAAUUUGUUGGAAAAUUGGCUAGCAGAAGACAAAUUAGAAUGCAGUAAGGAGCUAGGAGAUCUUGUGAAGGUUAGCAUUAUGGAAUUUGUUAAUUACACAGUCCUGUGUUUCUUUUCUCUUGGCAAUAAUUUAGUUGUUUACUUCAAAUAAUGCCUGUGUCAUGUUUUUUAUGGUAUCUCUUAGUUUCUUUUUAAUUAUUUAAUUAUUUAGGUUUCUUCCUCCAGUAAUGGAUGUGAGAUUCUAACUAGUCUAGUAUUGGUUAUCUGAAAAUCUCAUCUUCUCAAGCUUCGGUUUUUUUUAAUUCAUUUUGGUAUCUUAGUAGUGAUUUUAUUUCUGCUAU